UAAACUGAAUAGAACGUUCGAAAUGAACGGAGGCUCCGGUGAAACUCCGUUAAAAUCCCUUUAAAUCGCGUCCUUACGUCUCUGUUAAGCCGUUAACUCCCCCAGAGCUGCAUACUAAUGAUAUAUUAUUAAACAAACACCUUCGAUCGCUCUCGGGACGUUAAUCACAUGGGAACUCUGCCCGUUUGUGAACAUCUCUCACGGGAUUUGAACAUUUAGCGGGUUUCUGUUAACCGGGAACGCGCAUGCGCAGUGGGAAGAGGCGGAUAUAAGGAUUGGCGCCGGCGCCACAGCUGAUGCAUCCAUUCAUUCACUGACUCUCCAGCGACGAGGAGCCAUAAAGAUACUCUACACAAUGUCCAGACGCAGUGGUCGCAUUACUUUGCAAGCCAGAGAUUCAAACGCACUCGUGCCGACCGUCAAAGCCCCGCUGAAGAAAAGGAAAUCUGAGCCCUCAAAGAAACAACUACAACCUGCUGCCAAAAAACAGAGCUAUGAAAUCCAGUGUUGGUCUGAGGACGGAGCGAGUCCCUGCCUCCUCAUCGAGACGCCGCACAAAGAGCUGGAGCCCGCUGACCCGUCCAGCUUCAAGCAGUACCGCUUCAAGAACCUCUUCAUCAAGGCCUCCCCCAUCCCCCGCCUCAGCUGGGCCAGCUCUGACGACGUUUGGAUCAAAAUGCUCAACAAGGAGCUGAAGUACGUCCACGACAAAAAGUUACCUAGCAGAGACACCCCAAGCUGCAGCCCAAGAUGAGAGCCAUCCUGCUGGGACUGGCUGCU